UCCGAUCUCUAUUAUAUACAAGCGUUCUUCCGAUGCAACAUCUCGUGGAUUCGAAGUGUUGUGCGCAGCCUGCGUCCGGGUGCAUCCGAAUCCGCCGUGUCUGACAGUGCAGUUCAACCUUUGUUUGAUUUUGUUCAGUCCGGACAGCUCAAAUUGUGCGCGGACAGUGAAUCGGUCCGGGCCAUGGAUGCCAUCCGGCACUUCGAUUGGGAUCGCAUCGGUGAGAUCAAUUUCGGCCUGACGGAGUCUGUCAUGCAUGCCCUCCGCUCGCAACGCACACACGCCACGGAUAUCAAUCUGGUCGGGUCUUCUUUGGCUCAAGACAUCACUGUCUAG